CGUGCCACAUACGUCACUGUUGAAAAACAAAAACAAAUCGCCGUCUUGCAACAUCUCUGUUGUUGUUGUUGUCUCACACUGUUUGUCGUGUUUCCCGCCUUUAAAACCUCCGUGUCGCCUCGCCUCUCCGUGUUCAUGGUGGUCCUGUGUGUCCAGACGAAGCUGUAGUUUGCCGGUAACUUGACGGUGACGGUAGUUUAGCAGCCAUGGCUCAACAGAGAGGAGUCAACAGCCUGCAGUUCAACCAGGACCAGAGCUGUUUCUGCUGUGCUAUGGAGACAGGGGUCAGGAUUUACAACGUGGAGCCCCUGAUGGAGAAAGGUCACCUGGACCAUGAGCAGGUCGGCAGUGUGGCCUCCUGCUCCAUGUUGCAUCGAUCCAACCUGCUGGCCGUAGUCGGGGGAGGCGUCAACCCCAAAUUCUCAGAAAUAUCAGUGCUGGUCUGGGACGACGCUCGGGAGUCACGAGACCCCAAAGACAAGCUGGUCCUGGAGUUCACCUUCACCAAACCUGUUCUAGCUGUUCGCAUGAGGCACGACAAAAUCAUCAUCGUGUUAAAGAACAGGAUCUAUGUGUACAGUUUUCCAGAUAACCCAGUCAAACUUUUUGAGUUUGACACCAGAGACAAUCCCAAAGGCCUGUGUGAUUUAUGCCCCAGUCUGGAGAAACAGCUGCUGGUCUUCCCGGGACAUAAAUGCGGCAGCCUGCAGCUGGUCGACCUGUCCAACACCAAGCCUGGCACAUCAUCUGCCCCGUUUACCAUCAACGCCCACCAGAGUGAGAUCGCCUGCGUGGCGCUUAACCAGCCUGGCAGCGUGGCGGCUUCAGCCUCUCGCAAAGGAACGCUCAUCCGCCUGUUUGACACGACGACCAGAGACAAGCUGGUGGAGCUGCGCAGAGGAACCGACCCGGCCACCCUCUACUGCAUCAACUUCAGCCACGACUCCUCGUUCCUGUGUGCCUCCAGCGAUAAAGGCACCGUCCACAUCUUCGCACUCAAAGACACCAAACUCAACCGCCGCUCUGCACUGGCGCGUGUUGGGAAGGUGGGCCCUGUGAUUGGUCAGUACGUGGACAGCCAGUGGUCAUUGGCCAGCUUCACUGUGCCAGCUGAGUGUGCCUGUAUCUGUGCUUUUGGAAAGAACACGUCCAAGAACGUCAACUCUGUCAUUGCCAUAUGUGUGGACGGCACCUUCCAUAAGUACGUGUUCACCCCCGAUGGAAACUGCAACCGAGAAGCCUUCGACGUGUAUUUGGAUAUAUGUGACGAUGAUGACUUCUGAGGCCAGUUUGAAAGAUGUGAGGAGGAGGAGGAGGAGGAGGAGGAGGAGGAAGAGGAGGAAGAAAGACGAGGAGGACAAUGAUGACGAAUGAAAAUGACUUUGAGUUAAUUAUUAUUGUUCUGUUCUGGAGACAGAUGGGAAAACAGCCUGAGACAGAGAAUCAGAGACUUAAUGCUGAGGCCUGUUUUAUAAUUGUGUGUGUAAUCAGUUGUAUCUACAGUAUGUAGCAGUGUGAAUAUAAAUACCGUUUUCUAUUAGCCUGUAACCUUAAUGUGCAUCGUGAGUCUGAAACCCUCACGUGACAAGUACACUUAAACCUCGGAAGUGAUUUGAUGUAUUUAUGAAAGGUUCAAGUCAAACUGAAAUUAAAAUUCUUUUUU